GAUGGAGCACCCUGCCCCUGGGGGGCUGCAGGAGGAGGAGAGGGUGCUGGUGUCAGAGCAGAGCUGGAGACCCUGCCCUGAAGCCCGGAGGAGGCUCCGAGGAUGCUUGGAAUGGGUGAAGAGGCAGCUUUUCCGUGUCGGGGAGGAUUGGUAUUUCCUCUUCUUCCUGGGGGUCCUCAUGGCCAACAUCAGCUUUGUGAUGGACCUUGUUAUCUCCAGACUCUAUGAGGCCCACCGGUGGCUUUACCAAGAGGUUGGGGACAUCUUGGUGCUCAAAUACCUCUCUUGGACCAUGUACCCCAUGGCACUGGCAGCCUUCUCCACCGGCUUCUCCCAGAGCAUCACCCCCCACUCAGGAGGCUCCGGCAUCCCAGAGCUGAAAAUCAUCCUGACUGGGGUGGUGCUGGAGGACUACCUGGCCAUCCAGAAUUUUGGAGCCAAAGUGGUGGGGUUGACCUGCACCCUGGCAUGUGGCAGCACCGUUUUCCUUGGCAAACUGGGUCCCUUUGUCCAUCUCUCUACCAUGGCUGCUGCCUACCUGGGGAAGAUGCGGACCUCAGUCACGAAGGAAUAUGAGAACAAGUUCAAGCAGAACGAGAUGCUGGUGGCAGCCCAAGCCGUUGGGGUGGCCACAGUUUUUGGGGCUCCCAUCAGUGGGGUGCUGUUCAGCAUCGAGGUGAUGUCCUCUCACUUUGCUGUCCGGGAUUACUGGCGCGGAUUCUUCGCCGCCACCUGCGGUGCCUUCAUGUUCCGCCUCCUCGCCGUCUUCAACAGUGAGCAAGAAACCAUCGCUGCUGUUUUUAAGAGCGACUUUGAGAUUGAUUUCCCCUUCGACCUCUUGGAAACCUUCUUCUUCAUGAUCCUGGGAGCCAUCUGUGGGCUGGUGGGCUGUGCCUACCUCUUCUGCCAGCGCUGGAUGUUGGCGGCUGUCAGGGAGAACCGGCUCACAGCCAAGCUGCUUGCCACUGACAAGCCCAUCUACACAGUGCUGGCUGUGCUGCUCCUGGCCUCCAUCACCUUCCCACCAGGGCUGGGGCAGCUGAUGGCCUCCCGGCUCACCAUGAAGGAAUACCUCACCUCCCUCUUCGACAACCGCACUUGGGGCCUGUUGGUCCCCAACACUUCCCAGGUGGCUGCCGGGGCUGGGGGGCUGUGGCAGGAGUGGUGGCACCCCUCUGCCACCAUCUUUGGCACCUUGGCCUUCUUCCUCGUGAUGAAGUUCUGGAUGCUGAUCCUGGCCACCACCCUGCCCCUGCCUGCUGGUUACUUCAUGCCCAUCUUCAUCUAUGGAGCUGCCAUUGGGCGCCUGCUGGGGGAGGCAGUGGCUCUGCUCUUCCCCCAGGGCCUCCAUGCAGAGGGGGCCCUGCACCCCAUCCUCCCUGGUGGCUACGCCCUGGCUGGCGCAGCCGCCUUUUCGGGCUCGGUGACCCACAGCAUCUCCACGGCUUUACUGGUGUGUGAGGCCACUGGUCACCUGGGCCAUGUUCUCCCUGUUGUCCUGGCUGUCCUGGUGGCCAAUGCCAUCACCCAGAAGCACCAACCCUCCUUCUACGAUGGCACCAUCAUCGUCAAGAAGUUGCCCUACCUACCCCCCAUCCGCAGCCGCCACGUGGGCUCCUACCAAGUGGCAGUGGAGGAGUUCAUGGAGCGCCGGGUGGUGGCCUUGGCCAAAGGUGAUGGUUUUGAGGAAGUGCUGAUGGCCUUGGAUGCCUCUGCUGAUGCUGAGUACCCCGUGGUGGAGAGCAAAGAGUCCCCCGUGUUGGUGGGCACCAUCAGCAGAGCCCAACUGGUCACCUUCCUCCAAAGCCACAAACAUCCCCAGGCACCAAUGGAGGAGAAGCUGGCCACCGUGGGGACACUUGGGGACGACUGUGCCAUCGAGCCCAUCAUGCUCCAGCUCUCACCAUGGACCUCCCUGCACCAGGCCCACCACCUCUUUGAGAUGCUGAAGCUGCAGCGCAUCUUUGUCACCCGCUUCGGGGAGCUGGUGGGAGCUGUCACCCGGGUGGAGCUGCGGCGAGCCAUCGAGGAGCUCACCAACCCCAAAUGA